AUGGCUUACUUCCCUCGAUUUGCCGGUGACUUCGCACCCUUGUUCCAACUUCUGGACGAUUAUGAUGUCCACCGAUCCAGCCGCCCCAAGAACAGGAAGGCCACACCCGUCCGCUCAUUCACUCCGAAAUUCGAUGUCUAUGAGGUGAAAGACGUAUAUCACUUGGAAGGCGAACUUCCUGGGGCCGAGCCGAGCAACAUCGAAAUCGAAUUCUCCGAUCCACACACUCUUGUCAUCAAAGGUCGCGUGGAGAAGAACGAAGUGGCCACCCCUCAGACAGCGGGUCAAACAUCGCCAACGAAGUCACACCAACCGACAGUUGAGGAUGGUGAUGAAGACGAAGACAACAAAUCAACUAAGUCCUCGGAUAGCCACCCCACACAGCUGGUCUCACAGAAACAAACCGAGCCAAUCUGCAAGUACUGGGUUUCCGAACGCCAGACUGGCGAAUUUUACCGCACAUUCACCUUCCCGACGAGAGUGCAUCAAGAUGCAGUCAAGGCCAACCUGACAAACGGCAUCUUGUCGCUACAGAUUCCAAAGGAGCCUGCCCCUCAAGUCAAGAAGAUCCGCCUCGAGUAG